AUGUGGAGUAGUGCUAUCGUACUCCACUUCAUUGAAAUGGCAUUAUGCUCAACAUUUGUCGAGCCAUCAAUAUCUGACUCCCUCACGGGUCUCGCUCGUGGGGCGGGGCCGCACUGGAAAACCUCUAUCCCGCUCCCAGAACUGCCCGCUAUUAUCGAACAGACCAGCGACGGUCCUGGUCCACGAAAGCUUAAACGAAGAGGGCCGAAAUUUCACCAAGUUCUCUGUUUGAGUAGUUGGGGGGGUAUUGAAAUCAAGGAUAUAUCCUUGGGUGGAAGUAAAGUCAAUAAGGCGCAACCAGUCUUUGGACUUUCAAAAGAUCUGGUUGCCCUCUCGGUGGUGUAA